AUGUUUAAAAAAUCAAAUGGUGACGAAGGUGGUGGUGAAGAUGGUAUUAAUGCUGCUGCUGCUGCUGCUGAUGACGAUGACGAUGAUGAUGAUGAUGAUGAUGAUGAUGAUCAAAUUUCGUUAUUUAAAAAUUAUCGUGCAAAAAAUUUACCAAAAAUUGUGGAAUGUAAUGUACAAAAUAAACAAAAAGAACUUUAA